CGAUGUCGGUGUCCCCGCCCCUCCCUCACACUGUCUCGUCUCUACCAGACGGAGUUUGUGAGGAGUGCCCGUGCGGUGGGGGUUCUUAGGGCCGUGUGCUCCCUCUGCCUAGCCAUCAUCCAGGUAGUGGUCAUGGUCCAGCCGUCCUGGGUCGGCACUAGAGAGACCCAACACCUGGGGGGGGCAGGGCCUGUCCCGGCCAGCGGCACCCUGGGACUGUUUGAGGUGUGUGUGGAGUCCGACUGGCCGGUUCUGGACUGCCGUGGUGGUCUCUCCAGUCUGUCCCCUCUGCCGUCCUUCCAGUCGGUGGCCAUGUUGGUGGGAGUGUCUGUGUGGGCGGUGUGGACCAGUGUCCUCUGUCUCUGUCUCUUCAGGUUCUGCAGCGGCGCCACGGUCUAUAAGAUCUGUGCCUGGCUGCAGCUUACUGCAGGCUUCUGUCUGGCGUUAGCUUGUCUAUUGUUUCCAGACUCGUGGGAGAGUCCAGAGAUGAGAGCUCUGUGUGGAGACUCUGUGGGCAGCUUCUCUCUAGGUAACUGCUCCGUCCACUGGGCCUACAUCCUGGCCAUCCUGGGCAUUUUGGACGCCGCCAUCUUGGCCACGUUGGCCUUCGUCCUUGCCAACAGACAGGAUGCCCUGCUGCCUCCGGACGCCAAGGAGGUGACCACAGGUCUGCUGAUGUCGGCGUGAAGUCACCAUGUGAGUCUGUCCUUCACUUUAACAGUUUUCACACCUUUCUGUGUCAAAUCUUUCUCCAAUUAAACAAAGAUGAAACCAAAGUAAUACUUUUUGCUAACAAGGAUGAAUGAUUGAAAGUCAGCGCUGAACUUCAAUGAUCACUGUUGUUAAAAACCACAAACCAAGCCAGUUACCACUUCAGCCUACUAUCACCUAAAGAAUAUACUGAGGAUUAGAGGAUUUAUGUCUCAACCAGAUGUAGAAAAACUUGUCCAUGUAUUUAUCUUCAGUAGAUCUUCAGUACUUCUAAAAAGUCAAUCAGAAAGCUACAGCUCGAGUCCUCAUAGGACCAGGAAAGUGGAUCACAUCACUCCAGUUCUCAGGUCUUUACACUGGCUUCCUGUCAGAGAGUUGACUUGAAAAACCUGCUGUUGGUUCAUAAA